AUGACGGAAAUCCAGGAAAUAACAAUUGUGGUUAAGUGGAGUGCUAAAGAGUAUCCCAUAACUGAUUUAACCGAUCAGGAUACCGUAGCUGUGCUACGUCAUGAAAUAUUUAAAAGGACAAUGGUGCGUCCAAAUCGCCAAAAAUUGCUUAAUUUGAAAUAUAAAGGAAAACCAGCAGAGGAUUCUCUAAAAUUGGGAAAUCUAGAACUAAAACCAAAUUUCAAAUUAAUGAUGGUGGGCUCAACGGAAGCUGAUAUUGAAGAUGCCUGUCAAAAGCCCGAUGAUAUCGGUGAGGUCAUUGACGAUUUGGAAGAUGACAACGAAGAAGAAACUCUGGAGAAUUCCGCAAUUUAUUUGGCCAAAAUACAAAAACGUAUUAAGGACUAUACAAUCAACGAACUUAAUCCUCCACGUCCAGGAAAGCAUUUAUUGGUUUUGGAUAUAGACUAUACCCUAUUUGAUCAUCGUUCUUCUGCCGAAUCGGGCUCGGAAUUAAUGCGACCAUAUUUACAUGAAUUUCUAACAUGUGCCUAUGAACAUUAUGAUAUUGUUAUUUGGUCGGCAACUGGAAUGCGUUGGAUUGAAGAGAAAAUGAAACUGCUGGGCGUUUCCAAUCAUCCAGCCUAUAAAAUUAUGUUCUAUUUAGAUUCACAUGCUAUGAUCUCGGUACAUACACCAGAUCGUGGGGUAAUAGAUGUUAAACCCUUGGGUGUUAUUUGGGGCCUAUAUCCACAGUAUUCCGCUGCCAAUACCAUUAUGUUUGAUGAUAUACGUCGUAAUUUCCUGAUGAAUCCACGUUCUGGUUUACGUAUCCGGCCAUUUCGUCAGGCUCAUUUGAAUCGCAGCACCGAUAAGGAACUACUAAAACUCUCCAAGUAUUUAACCGAUAUAGCAACGAACUGUAAAGAUUUUUCCAAAUUAAAUCAUCGCAAAUGGGAACAUUAUGAUCCACGUAAAUAGUGUAUACACCUUAUG